CAAAUAUAGCACGGUAAGGGUUAAGAAAGACAUCUUUCAAAUCGUAAUAUGUCCUUACACGUUCGCCACUGUGCUGCAGAGCCAGUUAAAGGGUAUUAAAGUUGGAGGUUUUCAAUGAAGUAUGUAAAUCGCGGAUAUAAAUUUCUUAUCACUGAGUAAGUUGCCGUUGUCGAAACGGACUAUACUCAUGUGUAGAUAAGCACGACCUCGCAUAUAAUAUAGCUCGGCGGCGACACAGUUAUUUACAAAUAUAAUGGGAUCUUUAAGAGGACGGGUAGCAAUUAUAACAGGAGCCAGCAGUGGUAUAGGAGAGGGCGUGGCAAUCAAGUUUGCACAGCUGGGCUGCCGUCUAGCUAUAUCUGGAAGAAAUGAAGACAACCUUAAACGAGUGAAUGGUCUGUGCAGAGAAGCGGGCUUAAAUCAGGACCAAAUUUUGAAUAUCGCUGGAGAUAUAGACAAAGACGAAGACAGACGGUCCAUUGUCCAGAACACCAUCGACAAAUAUGGGGAGAUCAAUGUGCUUGUAAAUAAUGCUGGAAUGAUACAUUACAACAGAAUUAGUGACAUCACUGAAGAGAAAUAUGACGAAAUAUUCAACACAAAUGUAAAGUCGCACGUACUCUUAACACAGCUCGUUAUGCCACAUCUGAUCAAGUCUAAAGGGAAUAUUGUCAACACGUCAAGCAUUUGUGGACAAAGAGCAAUGCCAGAGGUCGGUGUUUAUUGUAUGACAAAAGCUUCUAUGGAUAUGUUUACACAGUGUCUCGCACUAGAAAUGGCCCCUCACGGAGUAAGAGUAAACGCUAUUAAUCCUGGUACCAUAGUAAGUAACAUUGCUCGACGACCCUGGGGUGUAUACCAAGAUGAAGAACUAUAUCAAAAGUUUUUGGAAAAACAAGCUUCGGGUCACCCACUAGGUCGUGUUGGUCAGCCAGAAGAUUGUGCAGAGGCAGUGGCUUUUCUGGCUUCAGAUUCGGCAAGCUUUAUCACUGGUCAGAUCAUGUUUCUAGAUGGCGGGAGACAUUGUGUAUCUGCCGGUGUAGCAACAGCUGUUAAGAAAUGCGAUGACAAACGUUUUUUCUUUUGUUGGUGUUGUUGUUUACAUUUACAAUCAACAGGAGCCAGCAGUGGUAUAGGAGAGGGCGUGGCAAUCAAGUUUGCACAACUUGGCUGCCGUCUAGUUAUUUCUGGAAGAAAUGAAGACAACCUUAAACGAGUGAAUGGUCUGUGCAGAGAAGCGGGCUUAAACCAGGAUCAAAUUUUGAAUAUCGCUGGAGAUAUAAACAAAGAAGGAGACAGACGAUCCAUCGUCCAGAAAACCAUCGACAAAUAUGGAGAGAUCAAUGUGCUUGUAAAUAAUGCUGGAAUGAAUCAUUUCAACAGAAUUAGUGACAUAACUGAAGAGAAGUAUGACGAAAUCUUCAACACAAACGUUAAGUCGCACGUGCUUUUAACACAACUCGUUAUUCCACAUCUGAUUAAGUCUAAAGGGAAUAUUGUCAACACGUCAAGCAUAUGCGGACAAAGAGCGAUGCCAGAGGUCGGUGUUUAUUGUAUGACAAAAGCUUCUAUGGAUAUGUUUACACAGUGUCUUGCACUUGAAAUGGCCCCUCACGGUGUUAGAGUAAAUGCCAUAAAUCCUGGUACCAUAGUAAGUAACAUUGCCCGACGACCCUGGGGAGCGUACCAAGAUGAAGAACUAUAUCGAAAGUUUUUGGAAAAACAAGCUUCGGGUCACCCACUAGGUCGUGUUGGUCAGCCAGAAGAUUGUGCAGAGGCAGUGGCCUUUCUGGCUUCAGAUUCGGCAAGCUUUAUCACAGGUCAGAUCAUGUUUUUAGAUGGCGGGAGACAUUGUGUAUCUGCCGGUGUAGCAACCGCUGUUAAGAAAUGAGUGUCUCGAUUUUAUGUCAGAAAAAAAAUAAAGAUCGAAAGGUCAUCUUGUGGC